AACAACAAGUCCGCCUGCGUAUUGUUUUCGUGAAAAGUGGUCCUCCUCUGGUCCUCUCAUUAUCUUUCAGCUUUCUUGCAACGAUGUUCCGGGCUCGCUGCAACAGUACCACUACCACCAUCACCAAGACCAGGUUGUGAAUCAUCUAAGGACAACGAGCAGUAGAAUGUGACCUACCUAAGGCGUAGUGCAGUGGACGACCGAACAAAAACAACACCUCCCCCCACCCCUCCCUUCUCCGGGAAACAACAAACACAAGGAUGGAAUUUAAGUACGCCAGCUGGAUCGCGCUCAGCGUCGCCGUGUCGAUCAAUCUGUUCGGAGUGUUCUGGGUGACGACCAUGGUUAUCGGUUUGGUGCUCUUCCUGCUCGGGUUUCUUACCAUACUGUACUUACAACAUAGCGAUCUGGACAAAUUCCUCGACAGUGGCCUACUGGAGAAUCCGCUGGACGAACCAAAGUCGCUCGGACUUAGCAUCGUCUGUGACCCUAAGCCCGGUAAUUUGCUACUCAUUUCGCCCAACAUCAAAGUGCAAACCGAAUCGAGUCGAGGGGCAAAAGCGCCCCACCAGCCGCCCGGUGAUACGUCCGCGGUCGCCGGGGGCCACGGUACCCGCCGGCGCAACUUUCUCGAUGCCGGAAUCGAGCUGCUGUUUAAGAAGCGCGAACCACGAACCGGCGUCGGCGAGCAGCCAGCAAAAGCGAACGCAAUCACGGACCACCUUAUGCACCGUGGCCACCAUUUGCACCACUUCCACCAACGGGACCAUCAUACCAUUCUAGAUACGAGCCCGGUCGCCGAUCGGCCGCCGGCACUGCACCGGCAGCCCUCGCCCGGGGAGGAGCGGGGAAGCCGCGGCUGGAGACCGUUCGAGAGCAUUAAGAUACACACGGACAAGCGGCAGGCGGCAGCGGGACCGUCGGCAUCGUCUAGCGGAGCGGACCACGAAUCGGACAAGCAUCGAAGGAAAGAUGUAGGAAACGUUUCCAUCGGCGAAGAAGUGUCCGUCGCCUCCGCGCCACUCUCCUCGUUCAAAUCGUACCUCACCCAUCCGGAGGUUCUGCUGCACCGGCACGAAACGCCGCCCGGCUCGCCGAAGAAGAAAAAGAUCCUCAGCGGCAACAAACCGAUCGAUCAGCUGAUCCACACCAUCCUCGACUACGUGGUGCGCGAUUUCAUCGACUCCUGGUACACGGUCGUGUCGGACAAUCGCGAGUUUUCCGAGUGCAACAUACGCACCAGCAUCGAAUCGCUCAUCCUGCAAAUAUGCAACCGCGUGCGAUCGGCGGAUCUGCUGCCGCUAAUGACGACGCGACUGAUCGACGAUCUUGCCAAGCAUACGCGGUUCUAUCGGCUCGCCACCCAGGAGGUGACAAACAGUGCCAACAGCAAAAACUCCUCCACCACCAACGCCACCGGCACCGCCCUGGACCAGCAGAAGCGGCUGAAGAUGCACGAGAAGCUGUCGCCCCAGCGCCGCACGCUGAAGGUGGAGGGCCACCGGCGCAACAAGAGCGAAACCGACCUGACCUGGCAGCUGGGCCAGGCCGCUCUGCAAAAGAACGUGGCCAACUCGCGGUUCUACAACGUCCCGGUGGAUGAGCAAUCGCUCGGCGAUCCGGAAACGAUGCUGCUGAACGCGUUCUUCGGCUUCUGCGAGGAGUACCGCAGCGAGUGCCUGGAGCCGGACGCACUGGACGAGUACUUCCGGCGCGUGUCCGAGACGGUGCUGUACUUUGUGCUGCCGGAGGAGGACUUUAACUGUCUCGCGCUGCGCACGCUGCUGUGCAAUCUGCUCGCGAACAGUUUGCUGAAGCCGGCGUUCAGCACGCUGGCCGAGCCGGACUUUAUCAACCUGCAGAUCGCGAAACAGUUCACGAAGGAGCCGCCGGCGGGCGAGUUUCUGCUGAAGAUGAUCCGCCAGUCGACGGAUCUGUCGGAGCUGCGCGCCUGCCGCCAGCUGAUUACCAAAGAGAUGGACGCGAAAUACAAGGACAGCAGCUGCAGUGCGGAGCUGGCCAGCCUGAAGUACACCCAGAAGCUGAUCGAUCUGCGCAUCAGCCAUCUGCAGAACAACAAGAAUGACUUUGGCAAGACGGAGCGAGACAAAGCGUCCACCAGCCUGCCCCAGCUCACGCUGGACGAUAUACUGCGGAAGGAGCUGGCCGUGUUCUACUAUCUGGACUAUCUUAGUGUAUUAAAUCUGCAAAAAUAUGUGAUAUUUUAUCUCACCGCUCAAGAAUGGAAAAUCAGUACCAGCCAAUGCUACUCCGAGAUGCAGACGAACAAAUCGAAGCUUAGUCGGGAGGAACUGCUCCGCAGCAUUCGCGACAAGGCGAGCAAUCUGUACCAAGAGUAUCUGCAGCCCUCCUCGCCCAACUACCUGAACAUCGAUCCGGGGCUGAUAGAGGCGCUGAACUUCCGGCUGAACGAUCCCACCAUCCAGCCGGAAAACACCUGGUUCGACUCGAUCUGCAAGUACAUCUACGAGAAGCAGAAGAACGAGGAAGUGUUCCUGAACAACUUCUACCAGAGUGUGGCCUACAAGCAGCUGCUGCGCGAGCUGGACUUUCACAACGCGCACGAUCCGGACAUGCCGUCGCUCGACCACCUGUCCGUGCUGGGCGGGCUAUCCGCCCACAGUGACAGUGCGAGCGACACGAACAGCGGCGACAUACGCUUCGACGAGACGGACGACGAUGAGGACGGUGGGACGACGGGCACGCAACCUGCUACCGCCACCACCACGCUACCGCCGCCCAUCACGGUGGACAUCAAGGAGGAGCACGAUGUGCGGGCGGGCACCAGUGCCGCGAAGAAACCGUCCCCUGCCAGCCUGUUCCCGACCACCGUCAACACGAUCAAGCACGCCCGCUCGCACAGCGACUGUACCGGGAUGUUUGCCGCCAUCAACGAUCUCAACAUCGAGCAGCUGCGCCAAUCGUCCGACUGUUCCAGCAACGAUUCGGGCAGUGAGGCAACGGUCGUGCUGUCUGCGCCCCGCCGCAUCCCGGCACCCCAUCUGACUGACGUGUCCUCUGUCCAUGAAGCGAACCAUCAUCAUCAGCAGCAGCAGCAGGGUCAUCUUCACCAUCAUCACCACCACCACCACCAUCAUCAGUACAAGCAUAAGCUGUCCGCGCGCAUCAUCAACACGGCGAUACACUGCGAGGGCCACUAUGCGGUGUACGCGAUCCAGGUGCACGUGAUCGAGGAUAAUCACCACAAGAGCUGGCACAUCUACCGGCGCUACUCGAAGUUUCUCGAGCUGAAGAAGCUGCUGGUGAAACGGUUUCCCGCCCUCGACCGCGUUCCGUUCCCCGCGAAGAAAGCGUUCCAGAACACGCAGCGCGCCGUGCUGGAGCACCGGAUGGAGAUACUGAACCGGUUUUUGGCGGAAAUCUGCGCGAAGGCGGAACUGUCCGAGGAGAUGAUGGCGAUCAUACGGAACUUUCUCGAGCCGGACACGGACGACCGGAAGAUGCACGGUGGACCGGUGGUAAAGACGAUCGAGAGUCUCAAGUCGGGCAUGAGCAAGAUACGCAACAUGCCCGACACGCUCGUCGGCGGCAUCUCGCGCAUGUUCGUGGGCAAGAGUGCGCUGAAGGAGCGCAGCUUCUACGACAUCCAGGACAUACCGACGCUCGAGCUGAAGCAGUCCGAGUAUCCGGCCCUCGCCUCCGCCCUCAACCUGCUGGACGAGGUGUUCGAUUUGCAGAACAAAUCGCAAUGGUUGCGCCGCGGGCUGAUUAACCGGCUGCUCGGUGCGCCCUGGGUUAGCCACGCAACGAACAAGCGCAUCGUGCAGGGCGCUAGCAGCCUGCUCGCACCGGACAAGCUGGAGGCGAUCCUUUCCUCGAUACUCAACAACGUGUGGCCCGAGGGCGAUCGCUUCAAUCCAACCACACCGCUGCGCGAGGACAGUACCCGGUUGCGCACGAAGCUGGCGGCAAAGAUUUCCCUAUUUGCGCUCCUGUCGGACGAUCUGAAGCACGUGGUCGGUUCGGUGACGUGCAACAGCGGGCUGCUCAACUUCUUCCAGAUGCUGCAGAACAAGAAGCUAAACACGCGCCUACUGCUCAUCCUGUUCAACCGGUUGCUGGUGGUGAUCCUGCAGACGGAAAGCGUUACCAAGCACGCCCAGCUGUUGCUGAACACGACCGGGGGAGCCGGGGGGACAACGACGAACGGUACGGACGAGGGGGCAACGAUACGCGUCGGCGCAACGGCGGGCCUAGUGUCCGGUGCACGGAAGCCUUCCAGAUAUUCGUAAAGCCUUCAAAAGCAUUCCAAACAAACGAAACAGUAUGCGCUGUGCUUGCAGAAGUGGGCAGAAGCUAACCUUUUUUUAAACGAAGCUGUAUUAAUUGAGAUGAUGCUAUGUUUGAUUUGCGUUGCUUUUAUCGCGCCAUUCCAACAUUGAUUGGUAUUGAUUUAGUGUUUUUGCUGUGUUUUAUUAGUUAGAUCCUUCAUUAGGACCGUUUUUACUGUUAAUAAUGUCGUUAAUACGUGUCGUUGGUGGUAUUUUAUGGUGUUGCAAUGGUGUUUUAGUGUAUGGUUUGAUGCCGAACGCCUCUCUUCAUGAUUGUCUAUUGCGUUAAUAGAGUAGACCCACAUAUCAGGUGCUUAAAAACAAAGUGUUCGUUUUCCCCCCCUUUGCUUUUGCGCUGUUCUCUCGCUUUGAGCCAUAUUUUGUAGCUGCUUAAAAAGGGUGAAACACUCGUGGAGUCGAUGGAAGGAAAACGAAAGGAUCAAAUCGUCUGCGAGAGGCUGUAAUUGUGUAGAGUACAUUAUAUUAUUAUUGUUGUGUGUGUAGCGAAAAGAGGGAAUAAAAACGAUGAAACUAAACGUAAAGUGUACAUGAACGCUUAAGGACGAAGCAAA